UCACAAUCCCCAAAAAUGGCCAAACCCCAUUUGCCAAUAUUACUCCUAGUCCUAGCUCUUCUCACAGCUCUCACAUGUGGCAGCAAUAAUGCUUCUCAAAUUGACAAUAAACCAGCCAAAACUACGCAGCUCCAGAAACCAUCAGCCGAUAACGAGACCAUAUAUCGCGUGUCAAAGCAGCUAUGUUGGGGCUGCAUAGGCGAGUCACUCCAAUUCCUGUUCGCCCAAAACAUGGCGCGCGCGGCCAAGUGGGAGCUGCCGCUCACAUGGGACUUCCAGCUCGAGAGGUACGCGCGCUGGUGGGCGGAGAUAAGGAAAUCCGACUGCAAGCUGCAGCAUUCUUUCCCCGAGGGCGGUUUCAAGCUCGGAGAGAACAUAUUCUGGGGCAGCGGCGGAGCGUGGACGCCUGGUGAUGCCGUCAAAGCGUGGACCGACGAGGAGAAGUACUACUCCUACGCGACCAACACCUGCGUGGAGGGCCAGAUGUGCGGCCACUACACGCAGAUUGUGUGGCGGAGUACUAGGAGGGUUGGAUGUGCUAGGGUUGUUUGUGAGGAUGGAGAUGUGUUCAUGACUUGUAACUAUGAUCCGCCGGGAAACUAUAUUGGCGAGAGGCCGUAUUAAGAACGCUAUUUAUCAUUAUUGGUGAUACAAUACAAUGUAUUUAA